UCGAUUCGUCACUUCAGUCCGUUCGCAUUUGGAAAGUAUUUUGUUAGCUUUAUUUUUCCGCGAGUCGCCGUCCAGUCCCGUGAUAUUAAUAUUCUCAUUGUUUUACACAUUUCAAUUAUGAGCUUAUGACUCAUUAUUUGCUUUCGGGACUUCGUGUCAUGUAAUCGUCCCAAAGGAAUUUGUUUCUGUCGCCCAGAAUGCAUUGAUUGUGGCCAGUGAGGAAUUGCGACUGUAGGAUUAGGGAGAAGUCAGUGGAAGAUAAAAUUCGAGACGAGAUACCCUACUGCUGAAACGGGAAGGCUGAAUGGUUGACUGGCCAUUUGGCAAAGAGUGAGCGGUGAAAAUCUCCCAUCGUAUUUACACGUCUCUAGCUGCUGUUGCUGUUUUUGCUCGGCUGCAGCACAACAGAGAAGUAAUAAGAGAGUGAAACCCAUACCGUGGUGCUGCUACGUAGUCAGUGAAAAUUAUCGACAAAAAUCCAUCUGUAAAUCGGUUUUCGAAUGAGAAAUUUAAGUGCAAGUGCCUUUGUGUAGUACCUGUUGAAUGGUCGGAGAAGAUUUUUGUGGUUAACUAGAGAGAUUGGUGUGGUUUUCCUCUGGAAGGAACUGAUCCAGUACGGUGAACCGUCCAGGAAUAAGAAACCGACAGGGAAAUCGUAGCGCAAGAUGUGGAGUCCAACGCAUAUUCAAGUCACUGUCCAACGAGCUAAAGGCUUGCUGAUCAAAGGCAAACAUGGCACCAACAAUUGUUUCGUCAUCAUCGCACUCAGCAAGGAGAAGUACCAGACAUCGGUCAAGGAGAAAGCACCGGAAGCGGUCGAAUGGCACGAAGAAUGCGAACUUCAAAUCCCCUCGCAGGGAAACCGAGCGGAGCUGGUGCUCACAGCAUUGCACCACAACUCACUGGGAAUCGACGAAUUCCUGGGCCAGGUCGUUCUUCCCCUCAACGAGAUGGACGUGUACGAGAGGCCUCGAUCCCGGUGGUACAAACUGCAGAGUAAACCGGGCAAGGAGAAGAAGAAGGAACGUGGCGAACUGGAAGUUCGGAUAGCAUUCACCGUCAAGGCCGGUUCGUUGACGGAUCUUAGCAAGAAGGAGAAGAACAAGAGCUCCAUCAGCAAUUUGGCAUCGAACGUCGGAGGAUCGUUGUUGAGUAUUGGUGCGAUUGAAAAACGAAAGAGUCUGAAAAAGUUUGCCAAAUCCCUCGGGUCCAAGGUGCACAUAAGCGGAAUCGGCAAGAAAAAGAACAAAGAGGCUGAAGUGGUAGGUGAUGAUGGAUCGUUUACGGGCAGCUAUUCGAGUAUCGGAACGCCAAGUGGACUUCAAUCGAGACAAUCACGGCAAACCUUCGGAGAUGCCGAUCCGGGCGUGAUCAGCGAAGACGAGGAUGAGUUCGUUUUCGACAAUCUCUCACACAAAAGUUCGGGAAGUUCGUUGAAUAUCCGGGCCCAAAGCGGAGCAGGUCACAUUGUGCCAAAAUCUUCAACACAAUCCAGCUCUUCUACACCAGAUGAGACUAGAAAACACAAAUCGAUGACCCUGCCACCGUCGAAACCACCAAGGCUCGCAUCUGAAAAUGAAUCCGAAUCAGCACCUCCCGCCAAGGUAGAUGAAUGGGAGCAGAAGCUUUAUGGCAAACAUCUUGAAAUUGGCAGCACGGAUUCAUUGAAGAGACGGUCAUGGGAAAGUUCACGUGUCCUCCUCACAGUACAACAGGAAGAGGAUGAAGAACAGCAGCAGCAGCAGAAGAAAGAACCUCAAGAGCCAUCCCUCCCGGCACCGACGUCAGUCACGGCUCCGACCUCUCCACUACUCACUGAUAAAACCCAUAAAGAAGAGUCGGAAGGAUACGAUAAACCGAAAGCCCUUCCCCGUGCUGGUUCACAGGACAUCAGUAAGGUCAACGAUAAGCUGAUCAUGCACAGUGCCCCCAUCAUGAGUAACAGCGUGAGCAACAGUCGCAAAUCGAUCAAUCAACCAUCGCCCAAGCUGGAGAAACAGGAAAGCCAUUCGUUCACCAAAAAGUUGAAGCAUUUCAUCAAGGAUCAUCGAGCGGAAUCGUUGGAGAAUCUUUCCAGCAAGAAGCAGCUGAACGGUACAAAGCAACACGUCAACGAGCGAAUAAUUAUUGGUGGCGAGAACGGUAGCAGUGGCACCGGAGAUCUACCUACUCCCUUCCUAACGGCGGCACGGCAAAGCAAGUUGGUCACGGAAGUAUCGCCGGAGAUUCUUGCCAAAUAUGAGGGUAAGACACGCGAAGAUAUGAUGAAGAUUGCACACAACCUGGAGAAUGAAGUCACCUACCAGAAGCAGAAGGUGAAGGAGCUCGAGGACUACCUGGACAGUCUGCUGCUGAAGGUGAUGGAAUGCCACCCGCGGAUAUUGCAGAAUCCCUACCAGAAGGCGAAUCCCACCAAGAGUCUACUCAGAUCAAUCCAGACGCAGGAAUAGGAAAGGGUGGAUGAUUUGCCCUUCUUCCUUACAGCGGUAUAGGCCAGCAGCUGAUGGAGUGCGUGUAUCUGUAGUUGAAUUAAGUUAACAAUAAUCGCCCACUACUACUACUACUACUACUACUACUACUAACAACAGAACUGAUCCCGUAGCCAGCGAAAGCACAUUUUCGUCAUCGUCGCCGUCGUCGGUAAGCAUAACCUAACAAUCCCUAUACCAAAUCCUCUUCACACACACACACCCUACACUUUUCUUUUAAACUCAGCUUUUGAUAAGUUUUCAAAUUUAAGUGAAAAAGACAAUAUUUUACCAACUGCGAUGGUGCCUUUUUCUACAAACAAAAAAUAAACACCCGUAAACCCACAAACGACUUUAUUGUACAUUUCCAAGUCCGUUAUUUUUAAAAUCUACUAAACAUUUUUUUAAAGAUAUAUUACCUUAUUUUUACACCCUGUAGCAAUUAUCCUUUAUAUAAUUGUUUAUAAUAUAUUCAUGAAACUAGAAUAAUCAAAACAACUAAAGGGAAACUAGUGAAUUCAAAAAUCCACUGACGUUGAACCCAAAAAUCCGCCCUCGUAGGAUGUUGACGAGAGAACACAGAAUGCCUCGUAUUUAUUGAUACUUGCGGUACCUUAAGAUUGAAUCGAUAUACUUUCCUUGUUAUAUCGCCCCUUUUAUAUUGGAGAGGAUUUACACAGUUGCUUCAAUCCAAGCGAAAAAAACUCAAUCCAAACCGGCGUUUGCCUUAAUCCGAGUGGAUCGUAUGUGUCGAUAGAUUAUGCGCCUAUUUGCGUCGGAAUAAACAUAAAUAUACACUGAAACAAAACACAGGUAACGUUAGUUACAAUUAUUGAUGGAUCUUUGAAGUUUAGAAAGUUCGAAAAUACAUUUAUUUAGCAU